AUGAGCUACUACUAUGGCAACUACUAUGGUGGCCUUGGCUAUGGCCUUGGUGGCUUCGGUGGCCUGGGCUAUGGCUAUGGUUCCAUCUAUGGCCUUGGAGGCUAUGGUGGUUAUGGCUAUGGCUACUUCCGUCCCUCCUUCUAUGGAAGAUACUGGUCCUCCGGAUUUUACUGA